AUGGGCGUCGCUUUUCCUCUGUUACUUUCCCUGGCCAUGAUAAAAGCGGCCUCUGGCUAUGGGAGCUCUUUUGAGUAUGAUCGACAGCCGUUGGUUGUGGCUUCCACGGGUGCCCCGGUAGCAGCAGCAGCCUUACCGUUCACGACCCCCGCAACAGGAGGCAGCCUCACGAAGGGCCCCGCUGAAUCAAAGCCAAACCCCAACAUCUGGACCAAGGGUAUUUUGGAGCGCACGCGGCCCCUUGUGACCCUCACCCGGAAGAACGCAGCCGCUCCUGCGCUUCUCAUCCUGUCUCUCUGUAUCAUUGUCGCUGGUCGCAGCGUUAUUGCUUCUGCAGGAAAAAUGGAGUCCCAAACUGAAGACAACGUGAGCAGCAUAAGUGCUUGUCCCAAACAUGAACCUUCGGGCAAAGCAUCAAGCCAAUACGAGAUGCUCUGUAAUCAAGGCUGUGUCCGGAGAGUAUGCAGCAGUGUGAAAGAGGCCGAGAAAGAGCAAAGCGUCCGUGAAUUGUCCGGAAAAUACGUGCAUCUAGGUCUUUUCAGUGUAACUGCGCUGCAUUUUGCCUGUACUCAUUGCGCAUAUGGUGAAUGUUUCGCGCGCGGUAUCAAUGCUGCCAUCGAACUGAGUAGCGUCGCCCGAGCGUUAUAA